AUGUCUAACUCAGAUACCCCCGCUACCCCGCCGAGACAAGGCGAACCUAUCCCCCCCAUCAUCCUGAAAGAGGCGGAAGCCGCAGCUGCAGCUGCCCAAGAGGAGGCGGUUGAUAGUCCCAGAGAUCCAAAUGUGUCAAAUUCUUCGCCGGAAGGGCAUGUACGGCACCAUGGCGGCAUUUCUCCUCAUCUGGAGGAUGUUCCUCCACCAGCCUACAACGGCGCAGAGUAUGGACAGCUCGACAUAAGUCAGAACGGCCUGAAUACAGGCGCACGGCUAGCCAGUGAUGGCCGAGUCAAUAUCAAUAUCAAUCAGCACAAGGGCAAGCUCACCAGCCUGCUUUUGCCUGCCCUGCGCCACCAACUGGAGCUGUCGAGGCAGAAACCCCCAUCCGAGCCGCCAAUACCGGAGGGAUUGGGAGACACGGAUGGCCUGCCUCCACCGCCGAUGAACAUUGUGAUUCAGAUCGUGGGCAGCAGAGGAGACGUGCAGCCCUUUGUGGCAUUGGGCCAGGUGCUAAAGAACAAAUACAAGCACCGUGUCAGAAUCGCCACCCAUCCCACGUUCAAACAGUUCGUCACAGAGAAUGGCCUGGAAUUCUUCAGCAUUGGAGGAGAUCCCGCCGAGCUCAUGGCGUUCAUGGUCAAGAAUCCGGGUCUGAUGCCUGGAAUGGACUCCCUCAAGAAUGGAGAUGUGGGCAAGCGAAGAAAGGGCAUCUACGAAAUCAUCACAGGUUGUUGGAGAUCGUGCAUCGAGGCUGGAGACGGCUUGGGCAUGCCUGCGAGCGAUGACACCAUGGAUACCCGCAGCUUUGACAGUGCAGUGUCCUUCGGCAUGGAUCCGACGCUGAAGCCCUUCGUCGCAGACGCGAUCAUCGCCAACCCCCCCAGUUUCGCUCAUGUUCAUAUCGCGGAGAAGUUGGGCAUUCCCCUCCAUCUAAUGUUCACCAUGCCUUGGUCGCCAACCCAGUCUUUCCCCCAUCCUCUCGCCAACAUCAUCUCCUCGAAUACAGACGCCAGUAUCACAAACUUUGUCACCUAUGCCUUGGUCGACAUGUUGACCUGGCAGGGGUUGGGAGAUGUCAUCAACAGGUUUCGGGAGCGGAGUCUAGGCUUGGAACCCGUGAGUAUCAUGUGGGCGCCGGGCAUGGUCAGCCGAUUGCGCAUCCCGUGGACUUAUUGCUGGUCGCCGGCUUUGAUUCCGAAACCAGCAGACUGGGGCAGCUAUAUCGACAUAUCGGGGUUCUUCUUCCUAAACCUAUCCACGAACUAUACACCACCGCAAGACUUGGCAGAUUUCUUAGCUGCCGGGCCGCCUCCUGUCUACAUUGGAUUCGGCUCUAUCGUGGUCGACGACCCCAAUGCCAUGACUAGGAUGAUAUUUGAUGCAAUCAAAAAGACUGGCCAGCGAGCGAUAGUGUCCAAGGGCUGGGGUGGGCUUGGUGCCAAUGAGUUGGGAAUACCAGAAGGAGUCUUCAUGAUUGGCAACUGCCCUCACGAUUGGCUGUUCAACCAUGUGUCGUGCGUCGUGCACCACGGUGGUGCAGGCACAACUGCUGCUGGUAUAUUGGCCGGGCGACCGACGGUGGUGGUCCCAUUCUUUGGCGAUCAACCAUUCUGGGGCUCAAUGACUGCCAGGGCUGGGGCAGGGCCUGUGCCCAUUGCGUACAAGAACCUGACUGCUGAUAAGCUCGCACACUCGAUCUUGGAAGCACUGAAGCCGGAGUCACUCGAGCGCGCAAAGGAGUUGAGCCUGAAGAUCAAGGCAGAGGAUGGUUGUGAAGCUGGUGCACAGUCCUUUCACAAGCAGUUGCACAUGGCGAACCUGAGAUGCUCUUUGGAUCCGUCGCGCAUGGCGGUCUGGCGUGUCAAAAGAACGGACAUUCGUCUAUCGCCGCUUGCAGCCACCGUCCUCGGGACUGAGGGUCUACUAGACUUCUCGGAUUUGAAACUUUAUCGGCCCAGAGAGUACGAGACAGAAGAUGGCCCUUGGGAGCCAAUAUCCGGCGGUGCUGCCGCCUUGAUUGGAACACUGGGGAAUCUCUCCAUGGGUAUCGCCGAUUUCCCGGUUGAAAUCCUCAAGUCUUUGAAGACAGCCUCGGGAGAACUGAAAGAAAUCCACGAAAGACGCUCAACUAGUGGUACUUCUACACCUGUUGCGCCCUCAGAUCGACCCUCUUCUGAUGUUGCAAGUGCAACAGCGGCAACAAUCACGCCUGUCACGUCUGAGCAGUCAAUCUCCUCAGGAACAACCGCUGUGCCGACAGCGCCUUCAUCCAUGUCCACCGUCUUGUCCGCUGAUGGAGCAUCAAAAGUUUCCCAUCAUCACCGGCAUCAUAGUUCGUCUCACCACCGCUCCCGAUCCCGCUCUGGUUCGCCGUCACCGAAUGGGAAUCACGAUUCCUGCGUUGGCGAAGAGGUUGGACAAGUCUCGCUGGAAACGGCGAUCUCGGGAGCCAAAGCCGCAGGGAAAAUAAUUUCAGCCGGAGUUAAGUCACCCAUGGAUUUCACAUUGUCUCUCGCAAAAGGAUUCCAUAACGCACCAAAAUUAUACGGAGACGAAACCGUACGACAGAAUGAAAAGAUCGUGGGACUUCAUUCUGGCUUGCGGGUGGCUGGCAAAGAGUUCGGAUAUGGCUUCUAUGACGGUAUCACAGGCCUAAUCACUCAGCCUCUGGCAGGUGCGAAGAAAGAGGGUGCGGCGGGUUUCUUCAAGGGCGCAGCCAAAGGCCUCGGCGGCUUGGUUCUCAAACCAGCGGCUGGCAUUUGGGGACUUCCGGGAUACACCGCAAAGGGCAUCUACAGCGAGAUUUCCAAGCACUUUGGGAGCUCGGUGCAGAACUAUAUCAUUGCCGCUCGCACAGCGCAAGGUUUUGAGGAUUGGAAGAACAGUUCUCCAGAGGAGAGACAACGCAUUGUGACCGCCUGGAAAGACGGCAGGCUAGAGACCCGAAAGCACGGCCAACUCUAUGGAAACGAUCGCAAGGUGGCAAUCGAAAGUCACAUCAUCACAAGGACCAACACGGAUUCGGUGGAGUUGGUUCACGGAUUCCGAAACACGAGACACCUUAGCUGGGACGAACGCAAGGCGCUCGCUGAACGACGGGAUCAACUGAGGAAGGAGGAAAAGGAAAUACAACGACGUGAAAAAGAGAUCCAAAAGGAAGAGAUGAGAAAAAGCAAGGGCGGUGGCAAGAUCAAGAGCCGAUGCAAAUUUUGUCCAUUCGACCACGAAACCAGUCAUCAUCUCAGGCACACCCAUUCUCUCUCAAGUCUGGACUCCUCACUCAGCCGUGACAGCACGCCCUCGCAAUCCCAGGACAACAUCCUGGCCGGCUAUGAGCACGCAAUCAAGCAUUCCGUGAGUUCGACGAGUACUGGCAACCCCAUGGAAGAUGCUGUGAUUGAACGGGCACUGCGAGCCAGUCUCCGGGAAUUGCAUAGUUCCGGCCAUGAUCCGAAUAAGUAUUCUGACGCGGCAUACCAACAAGCCAUCCAAGCCAGCAUCCGAGAAUUCAAGAGAGCUCAAGAAGAACAUGCUCGACAGAACGGCGCGUUGUCCACGACCUCAGAGAAGCCCGAGGAGGAGCAUGACGCCGAACUCGAAAAGGCUCUGGCGCAGAGCCUGGAAGAGCACAAACAGGCUCAGGUUGCAAGAGAACAAAACCCAGAACCAGGGCAUGGCGAUCACCAUCAUUUGGAUGACAGUGACUCUGCCAUUGACACUGACUACGACGACCAUUUUGUGCGCAAGCUUGAGGAGACUAAAAAGCGACAUACCGAGAACGAACUCAAGCAGAAAGGGGUUGCAGAACGUGAGGCCAAACCUACGGGCGCGGUUGGACAAACAGAGCCAACUACAGUGGACGAUAAUGAGCAUGAUGAGGAGUUGCAGCGGGCGAUCACCGCGUCACACGAGGAAGACAAGAGGCGCCAGGAGGAACUUACGCGGGAGAGAACAGAAGAAGAGAUUGUCAUGGAGUAUGUCAAGAAGCAAAGCCUCAUCGAGGAGGAACUGAGGAAACAGAAGGCGAGUGGUGCAGCUACGGUGGCGACGGAGUAG